CAAGAAAGCGCGUUAUUACCAACCGUUUUUACCGACCGCCAAAAAAACAGUCAGUAAAAAAAAAUUUAUCGACCGCAAAUUACGCAGUCGCUAAAUUUACCGACCGAAUAAAGAGCGGUUGGUAAAUUUAAAAUUUACCAACCGUCUUUAAAACGGUCAUAAAUUUAGCGACCGCUCUAGCUCCAUUAUGACUAAUUAGCAGUCGGUAAAUACCCGACUAUUAUCAAAAUAAAUUUUAAAUUUUAAUAACCGUUUAUUUAAUAUCUCCGACCAAUAAGCGGUCGCUAAAAUAAAAUAAAAAAAAUUUAAAAAGUAACUACUGAACACAAUUACUGACCACUCUUUCCUCCUUCAAGAUAUUCGACCAUUCAAAAAAAAUUAAAAACGCGCACAACUCAACCACCUGAGAGGUCUCAACCUCACGUCGCAGCCACGACCGCGCACAACUCAACCACCUGAGAUCUGGCCGCCACCCACCGCGCACAACUCAACCAAAUCUCCGACGCAAGGCGCCCCCCACCCACCGCCACCUGAACUCUCGCCGCCACCCACCGGCCCCCCACCGCGCACAAUCCACCCUCCCCACCGACUCGCCACCCACCAAGCCAGCUGCGCACAACUCCACCGGCCCACCCACAGGCGCACAACUCCACCCGGCGGCGCACGAUUUUCUAUGUGAACUAUGUGAACUCUUCGAUCUUUGAAGAUGUCCAAUCGAGGAGAAAAUUCAGCCAUCCGUAGUCGUUUAGGUGCACGUGGAGGUGGUCGUGAAGGUGGUCGUGGAGGUGGCCAUGGAGGUGGCCAUGGAGCUGGCCAUGGAGGUACUACACGGGUGACCCAACCCUCACUUGAUACCUACUUUGAUGAUGACGAAACUCAAGGUCAAUACUCUGAAGAGGUGGUACCUGAUUCACAAGCAAAUGAAGAAGCUGAGGAUUCUGGAGUGAUUUGGAUGGCACCGGGUGAACUUUGGUUUGAUCACAGUUCCAUUUCGCGGGAUAUUACUAACGUCAUCCAGAAAUAUUUCAAGAGUCCUUGGACGUGUUAUACCAAAGUUGACAAGGAUACAAAAGAGCAUUGGUUCACUCUGUUCAAGAGGACCUAUAAAUGGUUGCCUGAGUUUGACCACCUUGCUGUGCAUGAUUACCAUGCAAAUGCAUAUAAACGAGUUAAGUAA